CCAGUCCACUGGAGAGGAGUGUCAUAGAAGGGGAGGGGGGUUGUACAACAGCAUACAGGCCGGCACAGGCUACAUUACUAUUGAGAGGGAGGGAUGAGAAUGCUGAAUCAGUGAAACUGCAUUAUAGCCAGGGAGAGGGUGGGAGAGGGUGAACUGCAGGAGAGAGGGAAGGGAAAGAUAGCCGCAAGGGUGAAAGUUCAUAGGUUAAACGUUCACGGUGAGCUUGAGGUGGCCGUGCUGCAGACCAGGAAAGGAAGCCAAGAUGGAAGGAAGGGAGGUGGUGUUGCCGACUGUGUCCCGCGUUGCACUGUGUGGUGGUACCCAUGGCAAUGAGCUGUCAGGAGUGUACCUGGUGAGAGAGCGGCUGAAGAGGAAGAGGAAGGUGGAAGAAGAAGACCACAUCUCCGUGGUGACCGUGAUGUCCAACCCGCGUGCUGUCCAGCAGUGUCGGAGAUACACAGAGACAGACCUGAACCGCUGCUUCACCCAUGCCACCCUUAGUGGGCCUGUGACAGACAAAACCCCCUAUGAGAUAGUCCGGUCCCAGGAGCUGAACACCCUGCUAGGUCCUAAAGGUAGUCCAGAGGCCAUGGACCUGGUGUGUGACCUCCACAACACUACCGCUAACAUGGGCCUGUGCCUCAUCGCCUACUCAGACUGUGACUGGAUCUCUCUUCACAUCUACAGAUACCUGCAGAGACAAAUGUCUGACAUACCUGUGAGGUUCAUUCACUUUGACCUUCCCCUCAAUGAAGCAUAUUCCCUCGAUUCUGUAGGCAAACAUGGCUUUGCGAUUGAGAUUGGUCCUCAGGCCCAUGGAGUAGUCAGGUCCAAUAUUUUAUCCACAAUGCAAGAAGGGGUCCAGCACAUGCUAGAAUGGGUCCACCUCUUUAACUCAGGUACCCAAUUUGAAGGAGGAAAAGUGGAUGUGUACACCAUGGUGAAAAAUGUGGACUACCCAAGAGACUUUGAGACCCACGGUAUUACAGCCGCCAUUCAUCCUCAACUCCAGGAUCGGGACUUCUGCCUCCUCCGACCCAAUGACCCUGUGUUCCAGACUUUCUCUGGAGAGACACUAAAGUACAAAGGGACUGAGCCACUCUAUCCAUUCUUCAUUAACGAAUGUGCAUACUAUGAGAAGGGCAUAGCUCUCUCUCUUGCAAGACAGAGGAGUGUGGGGAUACCAUCCAUCCGAUCGGAGAGAGAAGGAGAACAGGGAAAGAGGACAAGUUCAGCAGAUGAAAUGGAGGAGGAAGAAAAAAUUAAAGGGGAAAUGGAGGGGGAAGGCUAUCAGAAGCUAAUAGAAUAUGGAGAGGAGAGUGAUUCACUAAAUGGACAACACAACUGAGAGCUAAUUUCAAGUUCUUGAUAUGAAAUGUGGAUUUAAAAAAAAGUUAUGUAAAAUGAGACGAUCAAAUGUUAUGAACUUCAAAUAAUAAUAAAAAAUCCU